GUGGGUCAGAACCAAGAACAGCCCAAAGGUGGGUCAGAACCAAGAACUGCCCAAAGGUGGGUCAGAACCAAGAACAGCCCAAAGGUGGGUCAGAACCAAGAACCGCCCAAAGGAUUUGAGAAAUACUUCCCAGAAGGUCAGAAAGCGAGCAGAACGACUGAGUCAGACUCUGCAGCCAAAGAAUCCAAGGCUGCCAACGCUCAGAAACCCUCUGGGAGGUCUGGAGGCGGGGCGGACGGCGGGUCCGGAGGAGGGUCGGGAGGCGGAGGGAAGAGAGGUCGCAAGGAGGAGUCCCACUGGUACAGCCGCCUGCAGAAGGGUGACGUUCCCUGGGAUGACAAGGAGUUCCGCAUGUACCUGCUGAGCGGCGUGGCCUUCUGGACCGCCGUCACCUACUACUUCUUCCUGCGUGAUGGAGGACGGGAGGUUACCUGGAAGGACUUUGUCAACAACUACCUGUCCAAGGGAGUGGUGGACCGGCUGGACGUGGUCAACAAGCGUUACGUCAAAGUGGUCUUCUCUCCUGGGAAGACGCCGUUGGACGGGCAGUACGUCUGGUUCAACAUCGGCAGCGUGGACACCUUCGAGAGGAACCUGGAGACGGCUCAGAGCGAGCUAGGCAUCGAGAGCGAGAACCGCCUGCCCGUAGUCUACUCCACUGAGAGCGACGGAACGUUCCUGCUCAGCAUGCUGCCCACCGUCCUCAUCAUCGGCUUCCUGCUCUUCAUGCUGCGGCGCGGCCCAGCGGGGGCCGGCCGCCCUGGCAGGGGAAUGGGGGGGCUGUUCAGCGUCAGCGAGACCACGGCCAAGAUCCUGAAGGACGAGAUCGAUGUGAAGUUCAAAGACGUGGCCGGCUGCGAGGAAGCCAAGCUGGAGAUCAUGGAGUUCGUCAACUUCCUGAAGAACCCCAAACAGUACCAGGACCUGGGGGCAAAGAUCCCCAAGGGGGCCAUUCUGACGGGGCCCCCAGGAACAGGGAAGACUCUGCUGGCCAAAGCAACGGCGGGCGAGGCCAACGUUCCCUUUAUCACAGUCAACGGCUCCGAGUUCCUUGAGAUGUUUGUGGGCGUGGGCCCCGCCAGGGUCCGGGAUCUAUUUGUCAUGGCCAGGAAGAACGCUCCCUGCAUCCUCUUCAUAGACGAGAUCGACGCGGUGGGACGGAAGCGCGGCCGGGGGAACUUUGGCGGCCAGAGCGAGCAGGAGAACACCCUGAACCAGCUGCUGGUGGAGAUGGACGGCUUUAACACCGCCACCAACGUGGUGGUUCUGGCCGGAACCAAUCGACCCGACAUCCUGGACCCGGCCCUGCUCAGACCCGGACGCUUUGACCGGCAGAUCUACAUCGGUCCCCCGGAUAUUAAAGGACGGGCGUCCAUAUUUAAGGUCCACCUGCGUCCCCUGAAGCUGGGCUCUGACCUGGACAAAGACGCUCUGGCUAAGAAGAUGGCCGCCCUGACGCCCGGGUUCUCAGGCGCCGACAUCGCCAACGUCUGCAACGAGGCGGCGCUGAUCGCAGCGCGCCACCUGGCAGACACCAUCAGCCAGAAGCACUUUGAGCAGGCCAUCGAGAGAGUCAUUGGAGGUCUGGAGAAGAAGACUCAGGUUCUGCAGCCGGAGGAGAAGAAGACAGUGGCGUACCACGAGGCGGGUCACGCUGUGGCCGGCUGGUUCCUGGAGCACGCCGACCCUCUGCUCAAGGUGUCCAUCAUCCCCAGAGGGAGGGGCCUGGGCUACGCCCAGUACCUGCCCAAGGAGCAGUACCUGUACACCAGGGAGCAGCUGCUGGACCGCAUGUGCAUGACGCUGGGAGGACGUGUCUCCGAGGAGAUCUUCUUCGGCCGCAUCACUACCGGCGCCCAGGACGACCUCAGGAAGGUCACACAGAGCGCCUACGCUCAGAUCGUUCAGUUCGGGAUGAACCCAAAGGUGGGCCAGGUGUCCUUCGACCUGCCGCGGCAGGGCGAGAUGGUUCUGGAGAAGCCCUACAGCGAGGCCACGGCCCGCCUCAUCGACACCGAGGUCCGAGCCCUGAUCGCCGACGCCUACCGCAGAACCCAGCAGCUGCUGAACGACAAGAAGGCCGACGUGGAGAAGGUACCACUGAGGUUCUGCUGAUGGAGGCGGGUCGGUUCUGGUUCCU